CGGCAACAGAUUCCAUUGUCAGCUUUCAGCCAAUGAGAUCGUUUGAGCAGGAAAUCCGAACCACCAUUGAUGUGGAGAGGUUAGCUGGUGUUGAAAUUUACAAUCGGAGCGGGCGCCCCGCCCCCUUCAUUAUCCGAAGCUCGGCUCGGUUAGAACUUCACCUAUAGUAAAAAGAAAAGCUUACGUACAACGGGAAAACGGCAUGUGGGAUCUACCAGAGGAACAUGGUUUUAUUUUAAAUAUAAUAGUCGAGAGCCUGCUCGACAGUGUCUAGUAUUAAGCAAAGAGAGAAUACGCCUCAAAUGUGUCCAUUUACACCAUCGUAACAUUACCAGUCUGAAAGUGGUUUAAUGUAUUUGGCGACUUUUUAAGAAUGCCAUGCGAAUAUUCCGUUUGAUGUCCUAUUUACAUACCAAGAACAUACAGAUACUGUUACAAGGUUUCAUUUUAACCUGGAAGUAAACAGAAACGGUGGAUUUUCUAACUAGGCAAGUCAUCUGGAGAAAUAGGGUAUAUCUGUCGAGGAACUGUCAACUAAUCCAACGAAGAUAUUUCGGACGAUUAGUGGGACUUAGUGUUACAGUGGACAGUGCUCAAAAGUUGACCAACAUAUUUCAGUAACGGUUAUCAGAUAGCGACGUGAGGGAUUUCACAGGGAGGUGUCAUAGAGUUUGCGAAGUAAUUUCGGACAAUUAUUGGGACUAAGUGUUACAGUGGACAGUGGUCACUGCUCAGAUAACGUGUUAGUAACAGUAUAUUAAACUCCAGUAACUGGGUCCAUCAACAGAUAUCUGAUGGAAAAGUGAGAGACUUCUGGAAGAGACGUCAAGUGGCGUAUUCUCCGUAAUUUUGGACAAUCAUUUUGAUUAAUUGUUCGCAGUGGACAGCGGUAAGUCUAUGGUCAAGCUUGGCGUUUGGACAGAGGGGAGAGAGAUGGUUGAGAAGUCAAAUCUGGGUCUAUCCGAUCCGGGAGAGUUCCACAAUGAUAAUCCACACUACCACGGAGAGGAACUACAGUAUCCGGACCAUCAUAUUAGACGGACGAUGCCUGUCCUUAACAAUGGCGACAUACCGAGUUUCUGUGCCGGGUGUGGUGCCCGGAUAUUGGACAGGUACUACCUCCUAGCGGUCGAUCGCCAGUGGCACAUGCAAUGCCUCAAGUGUUGUGAAUGCAAAAUUCGAUUGGAUACCGAACUCACGUGUUUUGCAAGAGAUGGAAAUAUUUACUGUAAAGAAGACUAUUACAGAUUUGCUGUGAAAAGGUGUGCAAGGUGUCAAUUAGGAAUAUCUGCUAAUGAACUAGUAAUGCGCGCCCGGGACUGGGUCUACCACAUCACGUGUUUCACAUGUAUGGCGUGCAAUAAAACACUUACUACGGGAGACCAAUUCGGAAUGAAAGAAAAUUUAGUUUAUUGCAGAACGGAUUAUGAACUAUUGUUCCAAGGCGAAUUUUUCCACGGAAUGACUCCAGGACUCCCGUGUUCGUCUGGGGGGCAUUUUCCCUAUUACAAUGGAGUCGGGACGGUACAAAAGGGACGACCCAGGAAGAGAAAGAAUCCCAUCGCGGAUGGAGAAGGGUGUCCUCCGGGCAUGGGUUUGGGUCACGGAGAUGGACAUGAACGGGGAGGAGACAUGAUGCGACAAGACGGUUAUGGGUCACACCCACCUCCGCGACAGAAAAGAGUACGGACGUCGUUUAAGCAUCACCAACUGAGGACCAUGAAAUCGUACUUCGGACUGAACCACAACCCGGACGCCAAAGACCUCAAACAGUUGGCUCAGAAAACGGGUCUUUCAAAACGAGUGCUACAGGUCUGGUUCCAGAACGCCAGAGCGAAGUACAGGAGGAACGUACUCAAACAAGACGACAAACCUGGUUCCGGUGGGGGCGGUAGUCAGGCCGGAAGUCAGGCAGGAGACAGUCCCGAGGACGAGAAGUCUAAGGAGAACCUAUCGCUGUCUGAGAUGACCGACAGUGGCUCCCCCGCCAUGUCCGACAUAAGUUCUUCGCCCUCCCUAUCAGAACUCCACAGUAGCCAUUUGGAGUCGGACCACUCCAGCAGUAGUUUAUCGGACCUUUUCACAAAUUCCAUUAAUUCCAUCAGCUAAAUCGUUCUGCGUUGAUCAUUUGUGUUCAAUAUCAAAACAAUACAAAUCGAAUCCCUCACAAAAAAUUGAUUAACGAUAAAAGACUAUGUUUAUCAGUAAAAUACUCGAAUCAAAAAACAUAUAGUGACAUUUUUAGCGUUCUACUAGUGUAAAACAGGUGGCACGCUGUUUAUACGAUGGAUUCUACUGUAUGUGACGCUAGGUCGACGAGUUCAAAGUAAGGACCAUGGGAUGUUUCCAGAAACUUUGACCAAACAGCUGAUCGUUCACUUUGUAUGUGUUGUACAUAUGAGAACGCCGAUGACUGAUCAUCAGAGACGCUUUAAUUUGAAGUGAAAGGUUCUGAGUGCUCGAAAUACCAGGGAAUGGUUCUCUUCUAUACUUUGGUAUGUGUUGGACCACAUUGUAUAAGUGUGAUAGUGCUAAAAUGAUAUUAAUUAUUUUGAAGUAUAUGAUAUUUGUUUUCAUCAUGUGUGCAAUGACGUUCUGAUCUUAAUCCGUAUAUUUACAAGCAUCUGUUUCCACUAUUACGUCGUACCUCACGUUUUUUUACCACAGCCAUGAUGACGGCGGAUCACUCCAGUCUGAAACAGAUACUUCUGUGAUAUUCUGUUCCAACUCUACUGACCUGUUUUAGUGUCACGUCAUUUUGACCAUUUUACAUGGCUAUAUUUAGAACCAGAUUAGACCAAUGAUAACACAGGGAUAUAUAGGGUGUGGUUAGUGAUGAAGUCAACUUAAUAUAACUUUUAUAGAAGUUUUCAUCUUUUAUCUAAUCAAGCUGUGAAUGAUGAUUAUCUUAGCCGUUAAAAUGUUUAAACAGUGGCUUUUCAAAUUGUGUAUUUUUACAAUUAGUUAUUUUUAUCACCAAGAAACCUUCCCUAACCAGGGCUCCUGAACAACAGCAUUAUUUCCCAGUAAGGCAAUGUUCGUUAUAAAGUAUAUCCCCCGUGGGUACUGCCUCUCUCCCCCACCCUCAGCCCCAAUUGCUUCUAAAUGGCUCUAGACCAUAUAUACUUUGAAUUGUUUUUACAUAUUGUUAACACGUUCUAAACCUUACUAUUGCUAGUUGGGUCAAGGAUAAAUGUGAACAACGUUACUACUCACUAACGAUUAAUGCCAAGAACGUCACUGCUGACUAGUUAGGAGUAUUAGAACAACUAUAACAAAACCAAGGCUAAGGUAAAUGUGAAGACAUGACUAUCAGGAUAAAUGUAAUCAACGUCACCAAUGAGUAAAUGUGAAGAUCUACCGUGAUAUCAUGUCACUUACAGAUAAAGUAAGUCAACGCACAGAUACCUUUAGAUACUGAUAAAGGAAGUCAAGACCAAGAUACAGUCAAAAACAGGAAUUUAUAAUUAAAUAGAGAUAAUUAAGUUUAGACCUAGGUUAAUAAACUCCAGGCAGGUUACGAUCCAUUACAGAUGAUUUUUUUCUAGACACCAUGACAAUCAAAUACUGGUUAAUUAGUUUCGGGUAAAGUUACGUUAAAAUAUAGAUAAACUCAUACAAGCACAUAAACAAUUACUGGUGAAUUAAUUCCUGACUCGUAACAAUCAAAUACAGGUAAACUAAUCCCAUGCCACUUACAAUCAGUAUACAGGUAAAUUAAUCCCAUGUCAGUUACAAUCAAAUACAGUUAAAUUAAUCCCAGACCAGUUCCAAUUAAAUACAGGUUAAUUAAUUUCAGUCCAGUUACAAUCAAAUACAGGUAAAUGAAUCCAAUGCCAGUUACAAUCAAAUACAGGUAAAUGAAUACAAGGCCAGUUACAAUCAAAUACAGGUAAAUUAAUCACAGGCCAGUUACAAUCAAAUACAGGUAAAUUAAUCACAGGCCAGUUAUAAUCAAAUACAGGUAAAUGAAUCCAAGGCCAGUUACAAUCAAAUACAGGUAAAUUAAUCACAGGCCAGUUACAAUCAAAUACAGGUAAAUGAAUACAAUGCCAGUUACAAUCAAAUACAGGUAAAUUAAUCACAGGCCAGUUACAAUCAAAUACAGGUAAAUUAAUCCCAGACCAGUUACAAUAUAUAAGAGAUUUAAUAUUUCCUGGUACAACCAAAUAGACAUAAAGUCUAGAUCAAGUACGCAUGGAUGAGAUACAUGUCAAUUAAUUACGGAUCAAAAACAGAUAAAUAAAAACCAUGCUCAGUUACAAUCAUUUACAGAUAAAUAAAUUACAUACAUUUACUAUAGUUAAUCGCAGACACGUUUACAAUUUAUUACAGAAAAAUACGCCCAGUGCAAAUUCAAAAUGAAAUCCAUAUAAAGGUAUUACAGACACGUUUUCAAUCAAAUACAGGAUUAUAUAGUGAUAAUAAAUGCCGUAUCGUGUUUUGUCAUGUAUCGAGGCUGUCGUGUUUUACUCGUCUGAGGUGUUGAGGUGUGAUUUUAUUUAUAAACCCCAUGUUGUAUAUCCCUGGUCAGAUUGUCUUUGUAAUGCUCUACUUUUGUAUACACACUUCUCAAUAUCGUAAUUGAUUUUAUACUACUGUUCUUCUUAAAUCCGGAAGUGACGUCACUCAUGAGGUUUUUAAAAUUUUGUUUUACAUAUUACAUUGUUGUUUAUUGAUUAAAGUAUCUGUAUGUAUGACUACUACAGUUGAUGUAUA